AUGCAUGAUUUCUUAUUCACUGCCUGUCUCUUCCACGACAUUGGGACCACGGACACAUACGACGGCUCGCAACGGUUCGAAGUCGAAGGGGCCGACGCCGCUGUAAAGCACCUGUCACAAUUCGAUGUGAGCGAGCGAGACAAGCACGAUGUCUGGACGGCGAUUGCAAUCCACACGAGUCCGCAGAUUGCAGAGAGGAUUGGGCAAUUAUCGAAGCUGGUGCGGCUCGCAGUAAUUACGGAUUUCGGCCGGAAGAGCGAGGCGUGGGAUGUAUUGCAACCGUUGCGAGGGAAAUUGGAAAAGGAUUUCGAGCGGUGCGGGAUCGAGAAGGUGCUCGGUGAUGCUGUGGUGGGGCAAGCGAAGAAAAAGCCUGAAAAGGCGCCGAUGGUGUCCUGGCCUGGAGUCAUGUACAAAGCGCAUCUGGCGGAGCCGGAGUGGGAGGGUGUGAACAAGGCGUUCUGA